ACAGAUACAGACGUAACCUUUUGAUUAGACGCUCUCGUACAUUUUUCAUAUUUAGAUGGAUAAAUAUUUUAAUUAGUUACAUUUAGUUUGCUGACAACUUUAUUCUCCGCGCUUUAUCAUCGGCAUGGUUAGUUUCAUGGAACUUUUUAAUAAAGAUAAAACAUUUAGACUUUUAUGAUCGGAUAUUUUGAUCAGAACCCUUUUUUAACGACAAGGAGCUCAAACAAUCAUGUCAUUGACGGGUGAGUUGGACUCGGUUGAAUCCACCACUGGUUUUCCCAAUCAGUCCAGUGAUCAAAGCGAAAGGACGCUGACGCUAGAAGAGAUGGAGAAACUGAAGAAUGACAUGGUCUUGGUGUCAGACUUCAAGCAGCUGAAACUCGAAACAGAAGCUCAGAAAAACUGGGACUUGUUUUAUAAAAGGAAUUCAACCAACUUUUUCAAAGACAGGCACUGGACCACCCGAGAGUUUGUUGAACUGAAAAACUGCAGAGAGUCCGAAGGACAGAAGUUGGUGUUGCUGGAGGCUGGCUGUGGAGUAGGGAACUGCAUUUUCCCUCUGUUGGAAGAGGAUCUCAACAUUUUCAUCUAUGCCUGUGAUUUCUCUCCACGAGCUGUUGAGUUUGUGAAGCAAAAUGCCUUGUAUUGCUCGGAGCGAUGCCUUGCUUUUCAGUGUGACCUCACUAAGGAUGAUCUGCAUGCUACUGUACAGGCAGACACAGUGGAUGUAGCCACACUCAUAUUUGUUCUGUCUGCAAUUCACCCUGACAAGAUGCAACAAGCCCUAGGAAACAUUUUUAAGAUAUUAAAACCAGGAGGCAUUGUGCUGUUUAGAGACUAUGGACUGUAUGAUCAUGCCAUGCUGAGAUUUAAAUCAGGCCACAAGCUGGGACAAAAUUUCUAUGUGAGGCAGGAUGGAACUCGUUCCUUUUUCUUCUCCAGAGAAUACCUGGCAAGUUUGUUCCAUCAGGCAGGAUUCGAUGCUCUUGUUAACGAGUAUGUGCUGAGAGAAACAGUGAAUAAAAAAGAUGGUCUGUGUGUUCCCAGAGUGUUCCUGCAAAGUAAAUUCAGAAAGCCCUCAUAACCUCUGAGAUAAACAAGCCAUAUAUUGUUGUUGUUUUAUGUAUUUUGAACGAACUUAUUCUCUUUAUACAGCGCAUAUGUUUACUCCCUUAGGAUAAAAUAAAGCAUGUUCGUUUUCAAUUGUUUGAUUAUUUUCUUGACUCCUGGGUGGGGUAAAACGUACAA